AUGAGUUUCUUAUGGGACAGUAGCAGUAGCCAUAAUAAUGAUAAUGGGCCAUCUGCUACAAAUAACAAUCACAACGGUAAUACCUUUUCGAGUGCCUUUGGUUCAACUCAAAAGUUAUUUACUGACACUUUGAUCGAAAAAAUGAUUUACAUGGCAUUGCCAUCGGCUUCAUCUUCCACAUUAUUAUCAUCAUUCCCCACUUCCAAAGAAAACUCUUAUUUGUGCGAUUUAACUUCCUUUGACUAUAGAAUUAAUGAGGCCAAAAAUCGACCGGGACUAAGCGUUCAAAUCAUGAGUAAAAAUUUUAUAAAUUUAAAUUCUAGGCUAAGUGUCCCCUUUAUGUUACUCGAUGAAAUCAUAAAGAUUUUCAAAUGGUCAAAUCCAUGUUACACCUUAACCAUAUUAUUCAUUAUAACAUUUAUAAUAUUAAAACCUAUUCCCGCCCUAACAAGUCUCCCCAUUUUUUAUAUACUAUUUGGAAUAAUGGUUCCUGCAUACUUAAAAAUCCACAAACCAACUGCAAUUGACCCACCUUUUAUUAUAAACAACCCAGAACCAACCAUAAGAGGCCCAAAUAUUAUCGAACCUACAAUUGUUAAACCAGUACCCGAACUAAGCAAGGAAUUUUUAUUAAAUUUGACAGAUCUACAAAAUGAUAUGGCUUUAGAUGACUUUUUAAACCAAUUGAGCAGUGAAGAAACUAGGUUAAGAUGGGUAACUUUAAGUAAUCAAUUUGAAAAUAGAAUAUUACAAGAAUACGACUUAUAUCUUAAUGCAAAUAGAGAAUUGAAAUUGGCGGGUAUUUUUGAGAUACAGAAAUUUAACAAAUCCUUGAAAAUUUGGCAAGUUGUAGGCUUUUGUAGUGAUGACUAUUCUCCGCUUUCAGAUUUGAGAAUAAAUGAGAUAAAUCUUAUUAAAUUUCUAAGGGUUUCGAAGGAUUACUAUUACACUACUUCAAAUAGUGGUUCUAGAAGGGUUUCCUUAAAUAAUACUAGUCCCAGUGCCGCAACAGCAACACAAAAAGCUGGUGGGGUUCUGCCUGCUGACACUAAUUCCAAUGUAGAACAACUGCUGCUGGAACAACAACAAGACAAUGAAACUGAUUUUGAUAACGAAAAGGAAAAAGAAGAGGAGGCAGAGGCCAACGAAGCGUUGACUUUUGGCGCCACCGAAUCAUUAGAUGAUGUUAAACCACCAGAAGAUUGGCGUUGGGUAGAAGAUUCUACUUGGGCUUUAGAUUUAGAUGUAAGAAAAUGGGCUCAAGAAGAGUUAAUUUUACAAUUUAUAGAUAUAGAUGAUGAAGAAAAGUGGGUUUAUGAUUAUAUUCCAGAAUACAAUGGUAGCAAUACCGAAAAUAGCAAUUUUAAGAGGGGAAAUUAUAGAAGAAGAAGAUGGAUUCGCUUAUGUACUAGAGAAACAUUCGUAAAUACAAAAAACAACACUAACACACGCAAAAACAGUGUGUCAUCCACUACAGAUUCACAACCUUCCUCAGCGGGAGGUCCUUUGGCAAAAGAUGUAUCUGAGGGGCGAAAUUAUAAUACUACAAUUAAAGAUAAUAAAGGUUCUGUGGUUUCCUCUGUUUCUCCAGAGUAUAAAUUUGAAUCAAUAUAUGAUGAUUCUGUAGAAGGGAUUCAUGAAGAAGAACAGAAAAGAAAAAUAUUGAAAAGUACUAUAUUGCCUAAAAGAUCAUUAGCUGGCAUGGGGAAUGGACCUAGCAGUACAUCUACUGUUAAUAGUAAGAAACAUAAGGGAUUUGUUGUGAAUUCCAACACAGACAAUACACAUACUAAUGCCAAUUCAAAUGAUAGUGACAAAGAGGGUGAAAAUAAAACAUCUUCUGAUAAUUGUGAAGAUCUUUCUGAUAAAAAUAGUGAUGAUUCAAGUACCAAAAAGUUGUCACCAAGACCAUCUUCUAUGAUGAAUUUGGCUGGAUUUUCAGAUUUUUUUUAA